AAAAAUAAACCAUAAUAUUAAUAAUAUUAUUCCGUAUCCGUAUCUGUAUUCUACAACUACAACUUGUCAUUUGUUCGUCAGUUCGACCAGUUCGUCUCGUAAAGCAAACAUUUAUUUUAUUAAUUCAAAUAUAUUUAUUUAAAAUCAGUGUGACAGUGUGUACAGGUGGUGCCUUGUAGAUGGUUCACAGAUUAUGACAAUAUUGCAUACGAAUUACGAACUAGUUAUUGGCUGUUUGGAUUAUACUUCAUAUAUAAACGCUCUGAAAGSACAAAGUUUCUUCGAAAAUGGUGGCCAGAGGAGGAAAAACGAGAUUAAUUGGUUUCGUUUGCAUGGUUUUGGUUUUUUCGGCGGUGCUUUACGUGUUUCAUGAAACACAAGUGGAAUUAGAUGGUGUCCGUAAUUCUGCUUCCUCUUGUACACAUCAGCUUGAGUCUAUAUCGUCUCAGUUACAAGUUAUCGUUGAACAUAAAUUGAAAUUGGAGAGGUCAUUAGAAGAUGAAAAACGUGAACAUCUAAAAACCAAGGAGGACCUCAAUGCAGUAAUUCAAGAUGAGAAACAGUUGCGUGAUAAACAAAAUGUCGACUCUAUGAAUCGAUAUAAUGAGAUUGAAAGAAAUCAUGAAGUAUUACAGGUAGAAUAUAUUUUUGUAACAUGUCUAGAAGUAUUACAAACAAUAAUGUCAGAAUCUAUAGUUGGUGGAAAUGAAUCCAUGAAAGCUAUGCCUGCUCCACCUCAAGAGGAGACUAUCAAGAAAGAUUCAUUAAAUAAAUAUAGUAAUGAAGAAGAAAAACUAUCUAAGCAAAAAAAUAAUUCCUAUAAAUAUGAAUACGAACAAGAAAAUGUCAAAGAAGAUGGUGAGAUAGACAAUGACGAAGAUAUGAAUGAUUUUGAUACAAGAGAAGAUACACAUCAACAAGCAAAUAAUUAAAUUUAUAUUAGUCAUUUAAAGUAGGUACCUUUAAUAAAUUUAAAUAUUUAAAUUGAGAAAUCUAUUAAUUGUAUUUUGCUUUUUUAAGUUUAACAUGAUUAUCAGUUUAUCACCAAUCUUGUUUUUUGAAAAGCUAAAUUAAUAUGCAGUUUUUAAGUAAUUAUUUAUUACAUUUUUUUUUUUAUUGAGUCUCAUAUAUUAUAUUAUAAUUGAU